AUGGAAAAAGUCCAAAAUGCAACUCAUGGAUCUUGCUGUUUUGAACACUGCAGGCCUCCGGGACAAAGCAAACCGACCUCCGCCACACUCGGGCAUCUCCUGAGAUGUGGAGCUGUGGCUCUUAUUGCCGGCGCGGUGUUAAUGUUGUGUGCGUCCAUGGCCGCUGUCUACCUGUGGAAAGCCAGCGAUAAAAACGUUUAUAAUGUUCGUUACAGUAUGAACAUCAAUGGGGAGGUGAGGGAGGGCUCCGUGGAAAUCGAUUCUGACAACAAUCUGGAGAGGUUUAAAACUGGGAGCGGAGCUGAGGAAGCUGUGGAGAUUCAUGACUUUCAAAUUGGAAUAACGGGAAUCCGCUUCUUUGGAGGAGACAAGUGCUAUAUAAAAUCCCAAAUCAAAGCCAACCUUCCACACAUGGGAGCUCACAACAAAGAGACACUGAUGUUUGACCUGACAGAUGAAUUAAUGCCAGCGAGGUUUGAUGAGGAGUUCCUCAUAUGGGUUGCAGCAGAGCAGCCGCUGAAGGACACCAGGAUUCUGAGCAGUAAAAUUCUGGAUCUUUGCGGGAAACUUCCCAUUCACUGGCUCCAACCGAUGCAUCCUAAAGAUGGGGAGAGGAAAAAGAGAGAAGCCGAGCAGCAGUCGAACAUGGAGGAGGUUGAGGCGGCUGCCGAGGAGAGGGACCCGGUGAGUCGCGACACCUCCAGAGCUGUGGAGGGAGAAGCAGCGGUGGAGGAGGAGGAGGGGGCGCAGUCAGCUGCAGGGUCAGCGUACAAUCCCGAAAACCCCUAUCAUCACAGCGGUGGGGCCGGAGAGGAAGUCGCCGCGACCUUUGACACCAUGUUAGACCACCGGGGAAUCUGCUGCUCAGAAUGCCAGCGCGGCUACACUCACUGUCAGAGGGUGUGCGAGCCUCUGCGCGGCUACUGGCCGUGGCCUUACAACUACAGAGGCUGCCAGGUAGCUUGUCGAGUCAUUAUGCCUUGUCGCUGGUGGGUUGCACGCAUUUUUGGGGUUGUGUAA